AUGCUUGGUGCCAUAUUACUCUGUUUCUUUUUUAAACGCCCUCAUCAGAUUUGUGCUCAAAUGGCAGCAGCGGCAGCUGGUCAAGGAAGUACAAUUGGACAAUCAUCUACUAAUGGCCUUAAAGCUGGAUAUACACCAAUUCCUCCUAAUGAAUUCUCUCCACAAGUUCAACACCACCAAAUGAGAGAAUUUGAAAGUAAUAAUAAUGGAGUUGGUGCUCGUGUUGGCACUCUUGUGGUAAUAGUUCUAAUAAUUUUUCAUGACGGGACCUUUUAUGAGAGAUAUAUGAGAGACCUUUUUAUGAGAUAUUUUGUUCUGUCUAUCGAGACACCUUAUGUUCAUAACAAAACUGAAAAUUGAAUCCAAUGUCGAGGUCGAAACCUGCGUAAAAAAUCUGCUCAAAAGCAAAUAAAAGACCAAACUCAGUCAAAACGAUAUCCAAACUCGAAGCAAGCCCAAGUUUUUUGACUAUCAAACACCUUUUCA